UAGCCUGUUGGUAAUCUGGCAAUAGAUCACGGUUAAAAUGACAUUGGCGCCUCUUUAAAAGACGACUAUAGACAAUACGCAAGACUUUACUGUCAGGUCUCAUACUAUUUGCCAAUUGACAUGAUACAGAUGUCAGGAUACACAAAAACUUUGACAUGGUUUUGACAGACACAUAGCAUGAAGCCGUGGGCAAUAAAUAUUUUUGUAAUUAUUCAAUAUCGAUUCAACUUGAACGGCGAUAUUCAAGAAUUAAGCUAUAUACUUAUUAUGUGCAUUUUUAGUCGUAGGCAAAAACUUAGAAAAGUGUUAGAAUUUACCUAGGCCAUACAAUUCUAAAGUGCAAGUGUAAGAAUCAAAAUCCGCAAAAAUGAGUCAAACAAAUGCUAUGCUCGAAUUAUCAUCGAGCUUAAUACAAUCCUCCUCUACCAUGUUACAAACUAAAGACACUCUCGGCGAGGGGCAUUUCCGAUGGAGCAGUAUAAAGCAAUUUGUAUAUUUUGCAUGCACAUUCGCUGCCUCGGCUUACAAUUUUGAUAUAUUUUCAAAGGUGUGCGAAAACGUUAGGCUUGUUGAUUUUAUCUUAUCCGAAAUGACGCUUGGAAUAGCGUACAUGUGCAUGGAUAGUUUUAUUAAACUGUACACUAAAAGAUUUGACUGCAAUAAAUUUAUGAAUCCACUUCUCAGAGGAAUAUCCUAUGGACGAUUUUUACAGACCUCUUUGUUUGUAGUACUACAUUCUUCUUAUUUAGCUGACAGCUUAAAAUUCUUGCUCGCAAGUUUUCAAGAUGUUCCCCCGUGGUCGAUAUGUCAGAAGGAAAAUGGUUGUAUAUCAGCUAAGGAUAUAAUGGUGCGCUGUAAUAGAAACUUAACUACAAAUUUCACCCUGACGUCAGCUUACUUUCAUUAUCAAGCCACCUUCGGUGCUUUAGAUAGAAAUACUUUGACAACGAGGGUUUUUGUUCUCGGCCUCGUGUGGAUGUUAGUUUUCUUUUUUGCGACUGUCACAGAAGAAACAGUUGUAAAGAUAUUUAGAUUAGCGUUUCUAUGUACAUCCAUUUCUACACUUGUCGUAAUAGGGUUUAUAUUUGUUUCGACGAGUAAUAUUGCUACCGAGGCAUUUUCUCAAAUAGUUGACGUCUCAACGCCUAGUGAAUUGAUGCUAUCCGUCAAAUAUGUGGCGUAUACUUUCGGCAUCGGAUUUUUAGGUCUCUACGAUUUUGGGGCCAUGUCUGCUUACACCAUGGUAGAUACUGCAUCUGUAAUUUACGUGGCAGUGUUUACAUCGUUAGCAUUCAUGAGAUCAUGGAUAGUAAAAAUACUAUAUUUAGUGACUUUAAAAUGUGUUAACAUACCUCUAGGACAAUAUGGCACACAUAUAUUAUUCUACGCUAUAUUGCCGUUGACCACGGAAUUUUUGUAUGCUCACAAGUUGUAUCUAUUUUAUUUUUAUGGAAAUGUGGUGUUUGGCACGUUAGUUUACAUGACUAAUCUAAUGAUUAUAUUAGCGAAGUUUUUAAGUUAUGAGUUCCGUGCAAUCAAAAACAUUUAUGUGAUUGGUCUCUUAUGUUCCAUAGGUUUUGCGGGUUCAAUACCUUUACUUGCAUUAAUGACAACAAUUCAUCGAGCGAGAGCAUUUACUGCUGGUUUGGACGUCCUUGUACCAUACCUUGGUGGCGCUUAUGUGGCUAUAGUGAUGUGGUUGUAUGGAUUGAAAAAGUUUUGUACUGAUGUACAAUUUUGGCUAGGGUUCAGACCAACCAGGUUUUGGACGAUAACUUGGGCAAUACUUCCUGUCGCGCUUUUCCUUUGCUCGAUACGAAAUGCCUAUUUGUUAGCGCAAUGGGAUCGUACUUUAAUGUGGUGGUGUGCUGUGGGUUGGAUAGGAUUUACAAUGUUUAUUGUUGCUGCAAUACAGAUCAAAACGAUGUCUGGGUUUCUUAUGCGAAAUAAUUUAGCCGGUAUUUUCAAAUCACAUAGAAAUUAUGGUCCUCCUGAGGUCGAAGAUCGACGAAGAAGACUUUACUACAGUGAAUUUACGCGUCAAAGAAAAUGUAAACACAACUGUUUGGUUAUAGAUGAAUGGUUCGAAUGUAAUCAUCAAACAUUAAUCAUAGAUCCUGACAGCAUUGGAUUGUCGUCAUCUAGUUCGGAUACAUCACUAAUGAACAUUUACGAUGCGAAGACUACGAGCCGGUUACGGAGCGUAGGCGUGUUAAGUCAAAACCUGGCUUCUACUAAUCGUUAGCGUUGAGUGUGUCUGUUGUUUUUAAGCGUUUGUUUUAGGCCAAGUUUGUUAUUAAUAUAUAUUAUAUUAUAUAUCUUU